GGAACGAAUAAUUUUCCUACGUUUGAAUCAUAGUCAAAAUAACAUGUAAGCUCAGUAGAGACAAUAUUUGACCGUUACUUAUCAAGGAUAUUUUAUUUAUUUAUUUUAAAAUCAUGCCGCUGAACCGAAAACCGUCGCGUUACGCACAUCCUGAGGGACACACCGAUGUCUGUUAUUUUACUGGAGAAAAAGGAGGUCUACUCACCUGUGGUUCAGAUGGUGAUGUUCGAUCCUGGUUGAAUUUGAUGGACGAUGACCCUGCUGCCAGUUGUGUUUCUGAACAAGUUAUAUCCGUCGUCUCAAAGAAUGAUAAAAUCUAUGUGGCAACAGACAAUAACACCGUACAAAUCCUCACCUAUCCGGACUUGGAGAAAGAAGGAAUCAUAACAAGGUUUUCAGGGACAGUGUGCGCCUUGGCAACUUCAAAAAAUGGUAAUCUGAUCGCGUCCGGUGCAUGCGAUAUGCGAAUCCAAGUGAGUAACAUCCAGACCUGUGAUAGUAUCGAACUUAACGGACACCAGGGUCCAAUUUUAGGCUUAUCGCUCGAUCCGCAAGAGCAAUUUGUUGCAUCCUCGAGUACCGACGGCUCUAUUAGAGUCUGGGAUAUAAAAGAAAAGCAAGUUGCUCAUGUUUGGAACAAUGUCGUUCCGAAAGGCAACUCAUUUUUUACCUCUAAGACGUAUUCCGCACCUUCGUUCCAAUGCGCGGAUGGAAAAACUCUGGCUUUUCCGCAGGGCAAAGAAGUCGUCGUUGUUGAAAGAAGCACCUGGAAAGAGUUGUUCAAACUUAGAUGUCCUGAUCUAAAAGCAGAGCUAAGUAUAUGUAAAUUUUCUCAAUGCGGGACUCUUCUUGCGGCAAGUUCAAUUCAUGGAGAGAUAGUUGCAUGGGAAAUCGAAUCGAAGGAACAGAUAGGCUACAUCACGCAUGAUCGAAAUGCCAAAAUCACAUCCAUUGCUUGGAGCCCGAAUUCACCGAACGAAAUUGCAUUCUGUGAUUCAUUAGGAAUGCUGGGAUGCGUUGACGUGGUGUUCAAUCCAGUCGAAGAACUGUUCCCAAAAACAGUUGAUUCCAGUCAAUCAAAUGAUGACUUGGAUAAUUUGAUAGAAAACUAUGAAGUUGGGGAUGAGGACGAUGAUGGAGAAAAUGUAAUAUCGUUGGAUAGAAUCAAGGCCUCAGUACAAAUAGAUUAUGACGAUGAUUCCCAGGAACCAAUAGCCCAACGCCCUGAAAGCGUGGAUAAGAAAGUGUCGCUGAAAGUAGAACCCCAAAAACCUUUUCAGCCUGGUUCUACUCCAACUGUUCUGCUAAAUCGUUACAUGGUUUGGAACAAUACAGGGGUCAUUAAGUGCUACUCCUCAGAAGACGGUCAAGAGUCGAGUAUCGAGGUUGAAUUUCAUGAUUCUAGCAUUCACCACCCAAUCCACAUAGACAAUUAUUUGCAACACACUUUGGCGUCAUUGUCUCCGAAAGCUUUAGCUCUCGCUUGCAUAGAAAAUGGCGAUACGCCUAGCAAACUGGUCGUCGUCAGGUUGCAAGGAUGGGGUUCCGGAACCAAAGAGUGGUCCAUCGAUUUUCCACAGGGAGAACUGCCCCUCUGUCUCGCAGCCGGUGAUAACUUCGUUGCUGUAGCGACGAGUAGAAGAAGACUUAGAUUAUUCACAGUCAGCGGAACCCAAAGGAGAAUCAUUGCGUUACCCGGUGCUCCAGUAGCCAUUAACGCACUAGGGAAUCAACUUGUAGCCGUUUGUCACGCAGGAUUGUCAGGCAUACAAAAAGAGCAACAUAUGACGAUGAUUUGGCUGCAAAUCCGUGGUUCAAAUGUUCGCAAUCGUUCCCUAGCCGUUCCACUAUCAGGUCCAGAACUGAAGCUUGCUUGGGUGGGACUGACCGACCGCGGAUCACCAACGGUGAUGGAUGAGGAUGGCGUAAUUUCGAUAUAUGAUACAAAAUCGUCGCUCUGGAACGUUGCUUGUGAUACAGCGAAUCAGUGCAAAGGAGCCGCGGACCGCUUCUUCUUGAUCGGUAUUAGUGAAAGUGAUAAUACUGUAAGAUGCAUAUUGUGCAAAGGGUGUCCUUACCCGCAAACCGCACCGACUCCAACCCAGAUUGAAAUACCGCUCGCUUUACCAUUCUGCGAUCCAGAAUCUGUCAAAUCCCAAAUGGAAGCUAAGCUUUGGCGACUGGGCAGCGACCCAAGUGGAAAUGACGAAACGUUAUUGUCCAUGUUUGUCCUCGCUUGCCGUGGCAACGCCGAGUAUCGUGCUGUGGAUUUGUGCGAAGAAUUUGCAUCGCAGAAGGUUCUGGAAUUGGCUGUUAAGUAUGCCGGACGUCUUGGCCAAAUGGCUUUAGUUACCAAACUACAAUCGCUGGCGAGGAUUAAAGAGGAUCAAGACGUGAACGAAGAAAGUGGAGGUAGAUUUCGUGACAGAGAGGAUGACAGAUUGUCCGUAAAUCAAGUCGACGAAGAAUUCGAAGAAGUCGGAGACGCCGAUGAAUAUCUGUCAUUGACUCCUACACAGUCAAAGCCUGCCGUAGAGAUAAGGCCAAUGAGCUUGAGCAUGAAAAGGCAAAAUCCGUUCAGAAAGAAUGGAAAGUCUCCGAGUCUGAAAGGCCUUCAAGCCAUGAAUCGAAUGCCCGAGAAUCCCCGGAGCUCACCAGCGGCUGAACCACCUCCGCAAAAACCGAAAGCAAAACCGGUGUCUAAAUCAAAUCCAGCCAAGGAAUCGUUCGUAGUUUGGUUUGGAAAACAUAAAAAAGAAAUUGCUGAAGAAUUCCCUGAAGUUGACGACAAACGGAUAACAAUGAUUGCCUUGGAAAGAUACAAGGAAAACGAGAAGGCGGCGUCGGGAGUUCAAAGUUCGCUGAAAGAACGAGAAAGCAAAAAACGGAAGUUGUCGGACGCGGAAAACGAGAAGAGUCAAAGCUCAGAAGCAGUCGUCCGUAAACUUUCUACAUUUGCCUACACGGAAUAAAUACCGGUGAAACUAAUUCAAGACUGUCGAAUCGCGAACUCAUAAUAUUUGGUAAACGAAGUGCCAAUUUUUAUUAUCGUAUUACAAGAUUUAAAGAUCAGUGAUCUCUCAGCAAUGAUCAUUAUUUUUACUAUAUAAAAGUUUUAUUCUAAAUAUCCGAAACUGAAUACAAAAUACAUUUUUUCCCACAAAAACUUGUCGGCAUAACGUAAUUAUAUUUCAGAGUUGAACCGCCUCUCCGUAGACAGCCUGCAGUCCCCAACUCCUUCCACUUCUGUGUAGACAAAUCCACAUCGCCUCAUAUCCUUACACCCUGAUACAGGAAAUCGCAAUUCGCAUAAUGCAUUCAGCGCAAAGAGGCCGGAUA